AUGUGCAGGUUUCUUGUCUACAAGGGCUCCGAGCCGAUCAUACUUUCCAAGUUGAUCACUGAACCAUCACAUAGCAUCCUCACGCAAUCUUAUGACAGCCGUCUUCGCCUGGAUAGCCGCCGCCCCGUCAACGGAGACGGUUUUGGGGUUGGUUGGUAUACGGAGCCAGUACUAGGACCAGACCCGUGUAUCUUCACAUCAACUCUGCCGGCAUGGAACUGCGUGAACCUCGAACGCCUCGCACCCAAGACAGCCUCGAGGCUGAUUUUUGCCCAUGUUAGAGCCACCACCGAAGGGUCGUUGGCCGAAAACAAUUGCCACCCUUUCCAGCACAACACUUUAAUGUGGAUGCACAAUGGAAACAUCGGGGCCUGGAAGUACGUGAAACGCCCGCUCGCCGAUAGUCUCUCGGACAAAUGGUUCCUUGGUGUGAAAGGUGGUACAGAUUCGGAAUGGGCAUUUGCAUUGUUUCUCGACACAUUGGAGCGUGAAGGGGUAGAUCCCAGCUCUGAGCCAGAAGGCGGUUUCGAUACCAAGAUUCUGCGGCGAGCCAUGAAGAAGACCAUCGCCCAGAUCAAUGCCUUCGUGAAGGCAGUCCCUCCAGAAUACAAGGUCCCGGACGUGGAGACCAGAAGUCUUCUCAAUUUCGCUGUUACAGAUGGCCACUCUGUUAUUGUCACCCGUUAUGUCAGCAGCAAAACCGACGCAGCCGCCAGUUUAUAUUACUCUUCUGGCACUGCGUGGGUCGAGGGAAAGAUGAAAGGACAGUUCAAGAUGGAAAGGAGAGAUAAGGCCUCCGACGUGGUCCUAGUCGCUAGCGAGCCGCUCACAUUCGAGCGGCAUAACUGGCUGUCCGUCCCGACGAAUACGAUCGUUACAAUCUGCAAGCAGACGGUGUACGUGCGGCCGAUCAAGGAUGAAUAUUAUGAUCCGGAUCCCUCAACGGAACGCUCGACAGGUUUUGCCAGGUCCAAAGGUUUGGUGUCGAAAGCUCCUGGUGGGGGCACUGCGACACCUACUCCGAUGGCUGGUACUCCAGUCCCUCGCGCCGAGGUCGAGAAUAAUACCGGGGAAUAUAUUGUCAAAGAAGAUCUAGAUGUGUUCCGGGAGAAGAUUGCGACAUUGCAGCUUCAGAAAUGCCGGGAGACUAACGGACUGACAGAGCGGCUACCAGUUCAAGAAUCAUAA